AUGAGCGUUGAGGAAAUUUCACAGGCCAGAAGCACCGUGCCCUUCUCCAGGGAAACCUUAGAAAGUGUUUUGAAAAGAAGAUUCUUCUUUGCGCCCUCCUUCGAGCUUUAUGGUGGUGUUUCCGGUCUUUACGACUACGGUCCUCCCGGUUGCGCAUUUCAGGCCAAUAUCGUUGAUGCCUGGAGAAAACACUUCAUCUUAGAAGAAGACAUGCUCGAAGUGGACUGCACAAUGUUGACACCACAUGAAGUUCUCAAAACAUCAGGCCACGUCGACAAAUUCUCUGAUUGGAUGUGCAGAGACCUAAAGACCGGUGAGAUCUUCAGAGCUGAUCACUUGGUUGAAGAAGUGCUUGAAUCUCGUUUGAAAGGUAACCAAGAAGCCCGUGGUUUAGUCAAGGAUGCCAAUGCCAACGCCCAAGACGAUGCUGAUAAGAAGAAAAGAAAGAAGAAAGUCAAGGAAAUAAAAGCCGUGAAGCUUGAUGAUGAGGUCGUAAAGGAGUUUGAAGAAGUCUUAGCAAAGAUUGACGGUUACUCCGGGCAAGAAUUGGGUGAACUGAUGGUCAAAUACAGUAUCGGCAAUCCAGUUAGUGGUGAAGCUCUAGAAGCACCAAAAGCUUUUAACUUGAUGUUCGAAACCGCUAUUGGACCAUCGGGCCAGAUAAAGGGCUACCUAAGACCUGAGACCGCUCAAGGACAGUUUUUGAACUUCAACAAAUUGUUAGAAUUCAACAAUCACAAGGCGCCUUUUGCCUCUGCAUCUAUCGGUAAGUCUUUUAGAAACGAAAUUUCCCCAAGAUCUGGUCUCUUGAGAGUUCGUGAGUUUUUAAUGGCGGAAAUUGAACAUUUCGUCGAUCCUCUGAAGAAAACCCACCCGCGUUUUGAGGAGGUGAAAGACGUUAAACUGAAAUUUUUGCCUCGCGAAGUUCAACAAUCGGGAUCUACUAUCCCCGUGGAGUCUACCAUUGGCGAUGCAGUUGCGACAAAGAUGGUUGAUAACGAGACUCUAGGUUACUUUAUUGCCCGUAUCUACAUGUUCCUAACUACAAUUGGUGUGGACCCAACUAAGCUGAGAUUCCGUCAACACAUGGCCAAUGAAAUGGCUCAUUAUGCUGCUGACUGUUGGGAUGCUGAACUAAAAACCUCAUACGGUUGGAUUGAAUGUGUUGGAUGCGCAGACAGAUCCGCUUAUGACUUAACCGUUCACGCUAACAGAACAAAGGAGAAGUUGGUGGUCAGACAAAAAUUGGAGGAACCAGUUCAAGUAACCAAAUGGGAGAUAGAACUAACCAAAAAGCUUUUUGGACCCAAGUUUAGAAAAGAUGCGCCAAAGGUCGAGAGCUUUCUGUUGAGUCUAACACAGGAAGAGUUGGAAUCUAAGGCCAAGGACUUGAAGGACGCAGGUAAGAUUGUCUUUUCGAUCGAUGGUAUUGAUGGCCAAAUUGAACUAGACAGCAAAUUUUUGUCUAUCGAACAAAUUACCAGAACUGAGCACGUUCGUGAGUUUGUUCCUAAUGUCAUUGAACCAUCUUUUGGUAUUGGUCGUAUCAUUUACUCUAUUUUUGAACACUCUUUCUGGUCCAGACCUGAGGACACCGCUAGAUCUGUUCUUUCUUUCCCACCAUCAGUGGCUCCGACUAAAGUCCUUUUGGUGCCUCUAUCUAACCACGCAGAUUUGACUGCCACGACUCAAGAAGUGUCAAAGGUUUUUAGAAAAGAAAAAAUUCCUUUCAAAGUUGAUGAUUCUGGUGUUUCGAUCGGUAAGAGAUAUGCUCGUAACGACGAAUUGGGUACUCCUUUCGGAGUGACCAUCGACUUCGAUUCUGCUAAAGAUGGUACUGUUACUUUGAGAGAAAGAGACUCUACCAAGCAAGUCAGAGGAUCUGUUGAGGACGUGGUCAAAGCCAUUCGUGAAAUUACCUACAACGGUGUUUCGUGGGAAGAAGGUACCAAAUCUUUGGAGCCUUUUGCUUCUCAAACUGAUUAA